AGUUGAAAGGCAAGCUUCCCAGCAGACGGUCGCAGUUACGCAGCAACGUGAGUCUUCGAGCGAUUUAAGCCACGAUUCGAGUCGAGAAUCGAGAGUCGAGAGUUGAGUGCCGAGUGCAGUAGCUAUCGUGGUCGGUGCCUGGUGCCUGGUGCCUGGAAGCAUCCAAAACACACCCUACGCUCUCUUCGCGGUCCCAGUUUUUAAGCCAUCGGUGCGUCUCUAUCUGGAUUUGGCUGUUUUGAUAUAUCCAGUGGGUCGUAAAUCUUCGACGAACCGUAAAUUAUUAAACAGCUCGCUACGCAGCGUGCUCAUAUUUUACAGUUGAGAGAGCUCCGAGGAGGAAAACAGCCCCAAGAUUUCGAAAACAACGAAAAUGGUCUUCGACUGCGGAGUCUGGUGUGCAAAGUAUUUGCUUUGCAUAUUCAAUUUUAUAUUUUUCGUGCUAGGCACAAUUAUAUUCGGCAUCGGACUUUGGCUGGCCGUGGACAAGCACUCGCUGAUUGCUCUCCUCAAGUUGGUCGAGAGCGAGCGCAUCGAGCAAUUUACACAGCCGCAGGUCAUAGAGCAGCUGGCCUAUGUUCUGCUCGUCAUCGGAGCCGUCAUGUUCUUCAUGAGCUUCUUGGGCUAUCUGGGAGCUAUGCGCGAAUCCCGCUGUCUGCUGUCGACGUAUGGAACCUUCUUAAUCCUUCUUUUGGUGGCUGAGAUUGUGGCCGGAGGACUGGCCGCCUUUUACAAGGACAAAGUGCGUGCAGAGAGCAAAAACUUCUUGCAGACGACCAUCACCAGCUAUUCGCUGGGCGAAAAUGUGGACGCCACUUCGCUGAUGUGGAACCAACUGAUGGGCAACUUCGGGUGCUGUGGCAUCAAUGACUACCGCGACUUUGAGGCAUCGCCGGCGUGGGUGAGUGGCAAGGGUAACCGCACCAUUCCGGAGGCCUGCUGCAUCCUCAAGGAUGUGGCCAAGUUGGUGCCACGCGACGAGGACUGUGUAACCAAUCCCAGCGAUAGCAACAGUUUCUACAAGAAGGGCUGUUAUGAGGCCUUCACCGAGUGGCUGAUUGCACAACGCGAACUGAUCAUCGUGGCCAUUGUGGUGGGAAUUGUGCACCUGGUCCUCAUCAUUCUAGCCUUCGCCCUGUGCAAGGCCUUUGCCAAAUACAACGACAUGCGUCUGUAAAUCGCUGAGGACGAGGACAGCGGAUGUUGUGACAGUUUUCAGAGUUAGCAAAGUAGACGUAGGAACGAGAGCCAAAACAGCAGGACAGUGAAGAGCGACGAUCCCUCCUAGAAUUCCCCCAACAAAAAAAAAAAAAAACAUACAACAACCAACGCCCUACCGAACACCGCGACGUGCUCAAUGGAUAAAAAAUUAAAGUAAAAAGAAAUUCUGCAUUUGCCGCAUGGAACGGGAAGAAGAUGACACUUACACACAGUUUAAUACAGCUAUACUCUAACGAUAAGCUAAGAUCAUAGCCAGCAUAAUCCAUUUACCGAUAAUAUUCAAGAAUAUCUUACAAGAAAUGUUGCUCAAUGUUUUGCCAGCAAACGGAUGAAUGGUUGGAAUGAGAAUCGGGAAGGUUUUACGAAUGAAACUCACACUUGGAAUAUAUUUAUUUGUAAAUCUGUUUUGAUAGCAGUUUUUAGUUGUUAAGUAGUAAACUACAAUAUGCGUAGUAUUGUAACUAUUUUUCUUAGUCUUUUACGAUUUUGUUAUGCAAACACAAUGCAUUCGAAAACCACUCAAAAACAUCACAGAAACCACAUAAGAUAACAAACAAAUUUUUGAGAUUGAGCGAACCAUGAAAUCAAUUUUGAAAGAUAACUUUUAACGAGGCAUGAGUUUGGAUGCCGCAAAAAAGCAUAAAAUACAAGCAAAGUAAUAUACAAAUAUCGAUUGGGAAAAUGAUAAACAAUGAAAUGGCAUUGACAUUGAACUAGUAUGUGUAUUAGUUGGUAAGUCUCUAAGUUUAAGUUGUAACUUUAGUUGUUUUUGCUAUGGCUAUCUUCGAGUUUUUAACUACAUAUGCCGGGGCACGAAGUGUCGUGUUCCUGGCUCUUUUGUUAAAAAUGAAUGUUGUACAUUUUUGAAUUCUAUAUAUACAUAUAUAACUAUUAUUAAUGCAUAUUAUAUACACGUAUGUCUGUAGUUUACUUAAUGUACUUUUUGGAAACAGCGCAAUGGAAAGCCGUAAAUCGAAAGCAUAAACGAAAAAAACACACAAAACCGAUAAAUCCCCCAUGAACGCGAGGCAAAAACCCCAUUUAAUGAUGUACAUUUCUGAACGUGAAUGAAAAAGUAAUUAAAAUAAAGAAAAUUUAAAUCAAA